UUCUCCUACCACCUCCCUUCGCCAAAAACGCCACCUUCUUUUCACUCUUGGAACUCUGAUCUUAAAUUUUCAAUCAAAUUACUUCCUUUCCCCUCCCCGAUUCUGCUCCGCAGUGUGCACACAAACCACAGAAAUGACGAAAGAAGAGCUUCAGAACGAGAAAGAUUACAUGCUUAUUGAUGGGUGCGAAACUGAAGCGCCUGGGCAAAACCAGGGAAGUCAUGUUCAUAGCGAGUUCAAUCCGGAUCACCUUAAAGCAUUUUACGGAAAGCUGUUUCCUUAUGCCGAUUUUUUCAGAUGGAUGUCUUACGGCAAUGAUGGGAAGCACCCGGGUUGUGAUCCCUCUUAUAUCAGCAGGAGGGAAUUUUCGUUCACGCUUGACAACGAUAUAUUUCUCCGAUUCCAAUCUUUCCACAGUGCCGUGGAGCUUGAAAACUCCAUGAAAGAGAAAUGCCCAUUUAAGAUUGAUAUUGGACCUGUGUAUAGCGUGGAGCCCACAAAAAGGCAUGCCUAUGCUCAGAGUGGUGAUAAUGUUUUCGCUCCAGUUGAGAGAGAGCUAAUCUUUGAUAUUGAUAUGACAGAUUACGAUGAUGUUAGGUACUGCUGCACUGGUGCUGAUGUUUGCUUGAAUUGCUGGCCGUUGAUGACUAUAGCUAUUAAAGUGAUUGAUACUGCCUUACGAGAUGAUUUUGGCUUUAAACAUAUUCUAUGGGCUUAUAGUGGCCGCCGUGGUGUUCACUGUUGGGUCUGUGAUGGGAAGGCAAGAAGGUUGACUAAUGAGCAGAGAGCGGCAAUUGCUGACUAUUUUCGUGUCUACAAGGGAAAUGAGAAUAGUCAUAAGAAGGUUUCACUUACCGGUCAUGCUCUUCAUCCUUUCCUUGUGAGAGCAUACACUGAAGUUCUUAAAGAUUUUUUUGAGAAAGGACUACUAAUAAGUCAAAAUUUACUUUCUACUGAAGAGAGAUAUGAGAUGAUCUUAGAGUUGAUUCCUGAUGCAGCUAUCGCUUCUGAACUUAGGGGCAGAUGGCAAGAAAAUAGGCGGUCUUCAACCGCAAAAGAAGACAUUAAUGUUGUUCGAUGGGAACAACUCAAACAUUUGCUAUCAAAGAAUAAGGGACAAGGACUGCGAAGGUGUGUUGAAGAGAUUGUGUUUUCCUUUACUUAUCCUAGACUUGAUAUGGAGGUUUCAAAACACAUGAACCACUUGCUUAAAGCUCCAUUCUGUGUACACCCAAAAACAGGCCGCAUUUGUGUCCCUAUUGAUCCAAAUCACUGUGAGCAGUUUGAUCCUACCACAGUACCUACUCUUUCACAGCUUUUAGAAGAGCUUAACGAAAAAGGUCCAACAGAUGAUUUAGAUGGUGAAUGGAAGAGAACUUCACUUGAUGGUGCGGUCAGUCUUUUCAGAACGUCAUUCUUAGAGCCUCUACUUAAAGCUUGCAAGGAGGAGAUAGAAAGUUCCUACAAUGCAAAAUUGCAGCAGUCUAAAAAUUCCUUUAGCUGGUAAUGACCCUUUUUCAAGUAGCUUCGGGAGUUCAACUGAUGCGAUAGGAUAUCUAUUUAUUGUGGCACUAAAGCUUACACAAUAGGGGAUGAAAUGUGUGUCGACAUUGAAUUAUAAGAAACUAUUCAACCCUUAUCUGCAUAUUUAUUCAGCGAUUGUGGUGGCAAUAUAUUCCCAUGACCCCUGUUCCGGUGAUAAAAGAUGCCCUGUCUGUACGUUUUGAAAAACUUCUGAAUGGAAUAGUUGUAUAUUUCUGCCAGUGCCUAGGAAUGCUUGAAUGCUUGGGAGUGGAGUUUGGAUGUUCAAGUAACGAAGUAGUGAUUACAAUGUUUACAAGGACUUUUAGAAUUUUCUUUCCUGCCAUUGAAUAGGUUUUCUGGUCAUUCGCAGUCCAUUCUGGAGGAAAAAAGUUGAGAAAAUGACAGAAUUAAACAAUUAAUCAGUUCUAUCAUGUCAUGUGACUUAUGAAUGGACAGAUUAAGUUUUAUCAUA